AUGGGUGUUCAGGUUUCCUUCAUUCUUGUCCUUUCUCACUUCUUCCAUCUCGUCCUCAAGGCCUUCGGCCAACCCGGUCCCAUUGCCCAGAUUCUGGCAGGCAUGGUGUUGGGUCCUACUGGGCUAUCAAACAUCAAAGCUAUACGAGAUGUAUUCUUUCAGGCUUCAGCUGCUGACUACUAUGAAAUCUUUGGCUUUUUAAGUCGAAUCAUUUUCAUGUUUCUUAUUGGCUUGGAGACCGAUUUCCCCUACAUUCUCCGCAACCUCCGCGUCGCUGGCAUUGUUGCAUGCGGUGGUGCUGCAGUCGGUAGCGUCUUCGGCAUUGCCGUCUCCUUCUUCCUCUACCAACAAUUCGAAGAAAAAAGCAGUAGGUUCGGUUUUUUCUUCAUAGUCAUGCUGAUUCUAGCGUACACCGCUUCCCCGAUUGUCAUCCGUCUCGCGGCCGAGUUGAAGUUCGCGACUUCUGACGUGGGAAAACUCGCUAUUUCAUCCGCCCUCAUCAAUGAAAUGGCAUGUUUGGCGGUUUUCAAUGCAAUUUUAGCAUUGAGAUCAUUCCAAGAGUUUGGAAAAGGAAUAUUUUGUGCUGUAUUCAUUGCUGGUGUUGUGAUACUGAACAAAUACUUAGCGAGUUGGUUCAACAAAAGAAACCGUAACCAAAAGUACCUUAAGAACAUGGAAGUGUUUUUUUUGUUGUCUCUUGUGAUUGCAGCAUCGGUAAUAAUUGAGCUUCAAGCAUUUAACAGCAUUGUUAGCAGCUUUAUUUUUGGGGUAAUGUUUCCAAAAGAAGGCAAAUCAGCAAGAACUUUAAUGCACAAAUUGACUUAUUCAGUGCACAAUUUUGUUUUACCAAUCUAUUUUGGUUACGUUGGAUUCCAAUUUGAUGGGAACAAUCUUUGGAAAAUGAGCAAUGUGAUUAUUGUGGGAAUUAUGGUAUUGUUGAGUAUUGGGAGCAAAAUGAGUGGAACUUUAGCUGCAUGCAACUACUUGAAUAUUCCUUUGAAUGAAGGAGUUUUUCUUGGUUUUGUUCUUAACUUGAAGGGACAUGCUGAUCUCUUGCUUAUUGGUGGAGCCUCCAAGUCUAUCUUGACAUGGAGCAAUCCUCGAGCUUACAACCUCCUCUUAAUAAGCAUAGUAAUCAACACCAUAAUCUCAGGUCCUAUCGUCGCCUUACUGAUGCGACGUGAACACAAGCUAUUUUCUCACGCCCACACCUCAUUAGAGUACACGGACCCGACCCACGAGCUUCGUGCUCUAGCAUGUGCCUAUGGUCCUCGCCACCUAGCUGGCAUAUUCCCACUCCUCUCUUCCCUUAGCGGUGGUCACACUUCCCAGCUCUCCCCUUUCUUGCUCCACCUCAUUGAACUCCUCCACAAGCGUCGUACUAAUGUCUCGUACCACGAGCUUGAACAAGAUGAAUUGAGCGACGACGAAGGUUACGGAGGCAACGACGUGCUUGAAAUCCAUUGUGCCAUCGAUGCAUUCAUAUCCGAUACAAAAAUAUUCAUGUCACUCUCAAAAGCUAUCUCUGCUUUUCCUACCUUGUAUGAGGAUGUUUGUAAUGCAGCUGAGGAUUUGAGAGUUUCCAUUGUGAUUCUUCCAUUUCAUAAGCACCAAAGGAUAGAUGGGAAAAUGGAGAGUGGGAAGGAAGGCAUUAGAACAACCAACCAGAAGAUUUUGCGCCAUGCACCAUGCUCAGUGGGAAUUCUCGUGGACCGGGUUCAAACCGGGUUCUUGUCGUUCUCGCAUUUGUUGGUAUCCGAUCAUGUGCAGCAUGUGGCGACGCUGUUUUUUGGUGGCCCAGAUGAUAGGGAGGCGUUGGCAUGGAGUCGGAGAAUGAUUAGUCACUCAAGGAUUAAUUUGACCGUCAUAAGGUUUGUCCCGAAAGCAACGUCUGAUGUCGAGGGGGCGGCCACAACAUCGUCGAGUGAUGAUGGUGUUUUAAUGGCUUUACCUAGUUUGAGAACCACUUCUAGUGAGACUGAUAAUACCUUCCUUGCUGAUUUCUAUGACAGGCAUGUCUCAACGGGACAAGUAGGGUAUGUAGAGAAGCAAGUGAAGAAUGGGGAAGAGACAGUGGCGGAGCUAAGAGACAUAGGAGACAUGUACUCUCUAUUUAUUGUGGGGAAAGGAGGGAGAGGUCACUCCCCUCUAACCACAGGGAUGAGUGACUGGGAAGAGUGCUCCGAGCUCGGCACCGUCGGAGACCUCUUGGCUUCUUCAGACUUCAAUAUUAGUGGUUCCGUUUUGAUCAUUCAACAACAUAGACACCAAAAGAAGGAUCUUAUUGAUGACUAA